CAGUACUAUAUUAGAAGGAGGAAGUUAGAGUGUCGGUAAAGGGCUGCCAUACUCAUGCAGGCAUCAUAAUAGGGAAAUAUUAGAAUAUACAGCGAUACAGCUAACACAACAGUUACAGGGGAAACAUGCCUCCGAAGUUUGGUGGAGGGGAGAAGUGUGGUAUUUGUGGUAAAUCAGUAUACGCUGCUGAGAGGAUAGAGGCGGGGGACACGCCUUAUCAUAAACUCUGCUUCAAGUGUUCCGAAUGUAAAAUGUCACUAAAGCUGAACACGUAUGCGCAGGCUGACGGCAUUCUGUACUGUAAAAAACAUUACCAGGAGAAAGUGGUAGCUAAGAAUACUCAGACCCCUGUGUGAGGGCCUCUGUACUCGUUUUAGGACGCGUGUCAGUGAUCUUUGUAGCAAUAUCUAGAUGGUUGUAAUUCCUUCCACAUGCCAAUAUAUAUAUGUAACAUUAUGCAAUUUGUUUUAAGUAUUUUUAUGUGUACUUUAAAUUUGUAUUAUUUUCAGUAAAAUUUACAUUUUUGUUAUGAUUAAAAAAUAUAUGCAGAAUACA